UCUUAUAAUGUGUGCAUUACACUUAAGAAAACAUUAUAACGAUAUAUCAAAUGAAAUAUAUGUUCACACCAGUUUCCCCCCGUACAUUACAUGUGACGAUUAGGUCUACAUCAGAAAGGUGGACUGGAUUCAAUGCAAUUUGUUUGUAUUCUAUUGAAAGGAGAGGUUUCAAUAACAAGAUGAUCCUAAUAACAAUAACAACAUUAAUUUUGCUCUACUGGACUAGUUCUACAACAGCUUUACCGGUACAGCUUGAUGACUUCCAUGUCUCCGUGAAGGUCCUGUCUGAAUCUCCAGAGGAAGGACGUCAGCGGAGAGAUGUUUCAGGCAACACGAUGCCAGAGAAGCUGACACUUAGCUUGCCACUGAGUGGCGGGUACGAUGCAGUGCUGCUGGAGCUGGACAGGGCAGACCUGCUUCAGGUGGCAACAAGCAAUGGUAGCAGCAGCAGAAACUACAAUCACGAUUUUAGAGACGCUGGAGUGUAUACUGACAAGAGUCGAGGUUCUGUUCUGAUUGUGCGACGUCACGGUGAUAGCUACACUCUGGAAGGAUCCAUUACGUAUGCAGACACGGAGUGGGACAUUCGUCCAGUGACAGAAGGAGCAGGUGGCGCUGAAGACAAGACUCACAAAGUUUUCAAGCAGGUUGCCAAAGAGAACCUCUUCUUUGAUGGAGACGUGGUGAUAUCGUCCCAAGCCUCUUCAAGCAAGAGUUACCCAACCACGGGACAUGAGAGUACAGCACGAGAUGGGGCCCACCCCAGAGGAAGGCGUGCUUUGGUUCAUCAUGUCGUGGAACUUAGCUUUGUUGUUGACUUUGCUGAGUAUAAUAACUGGAGGAUGCAAUAUCAUGACGAUGCCAUGAAACAAAUUAUACUGUGGUUUACAUACAUAGCAGAAGCGGUUAACUUCAGAUAUCAAAGAAUUAAGGAUCCAACAUUUUCAGUUAGCACAAGGGUUGUCCAUUUCAGAGUAUUGACAGUUUAUAGUGAAGUAGAGUUUCUCAAGGAUCUGGUCACUGAUGGCUCCCUUGAUGCUGAAGGAGGACUGAGCAGAGUAACUGAGUGGAACAAAAAUAUAUGGAACAAUGCAAGUUAUGAUAUACUUGUAUUCUUUACUGGGUAUCACUUACAGAAUAAGGUAGGUAUCACCUACUUAGCCAAGGCAUGUAGCUAUCGGGGUGUCUCAUUAGUGCGGAGCGAGCAUGCUGGAUUUACAAGUGGAACAGUAGCCCAUGAAAUUGGUCACAGUCUGUCGUCUGCCCACGAUGGUAGUACUAAAGAUUGCUCGGACCUUGACCAGUAUAUCAUGGCAACGACGUACGCUUUUACAGCUUCUAAGCCCAGUCAAGGGAGUUAUUGGAUGUUCUCAAAUUGUUCAAUUGCUGCUAUAAAAGACUUCCUUGGCAAACAAACUUGCACACUGCCCGAUUUUACCAGAGGCCUUGAUGUCCUUCCAGCAAUAGAUGUCUGGAACAGAAGAGCAGGUCAGGUGUGGACUCCAGAAAAACAGUGCGAACUUUUCUAUGGCCAUGGCACUCGUUACUGUAAGGAACUACAAUAUAAUGACGCAAGUGUGUGUUACAGGCUAAGGUGCUACAACCCAGCAGAAAACUGGUGUACACAUAUGCUUCCUCUGGAGUACACAAGUUGUGGAACCAACCAAUGGUGUGUUGGAGGUAUUUGUGUUCCUAUGAACCGCUCAACAACCCCAGUCACUACAAAUAGUCCAGCCACUACAAGAAGUCCAGCCACUACUAAUAGUCCAGCCACUACAAAUAGUCCAGCCACUCAAGAAGUUCUUUCAACUAAAGCAAAAGAGACAUCAACUUCAACAGACUCUGCCGUCAAACCCAAAACGUCUACCACUACAGCAGCUUCUACCAAUAAACCAAAAUCGAAUAUCUCUACAGUAGCUUCAACCAAUAAACCAAAAUCGAAUAUCUCUACAGUAGCUUCAACCAAUAAACCAAAAUCGAAUAUCUCUACAGUAGCUUCAACCAAUAAACCAAAAUCGAAUAUCUCUACAGUAGCUUCAACCAAUAAACCAAAAUCGAAUAUCUCUACAGUAGCUUCAACCAAUAAACCAAAAUCGAAUAUCUCUACAGUAGCUUCAACCAAUAAACCAAAAUCGAAUAUCUCUACAGUAGCUUCAACCAAUAAACCAAAAUCGAAUAUCUCUACAGUAGCUUCAACCAAUAAACCAAAAACAAUUAUCACUACAGCAGCUUCAACCACUAAACCAAAUGCGAAUAUCACUACAAAAGCUUCUGCCACUAAAUCAAAAACUCAUAUCACUGCAGCAUCAGGUCCAACGACUGCCAAGGUCUCCGUAAUGAAUGCUAAGCCUGUUUCUAUCUCAGCAACAACCAAAACCUCAACUACAACCAGGCUAACAGCUGGCACCACUACACCAGCUCAUAUAAUGGCAGCUUGUUCCGUAUAUCUGCCUGGAGGGAGUGAUUGGAAUCAAUGUAUUAGAUCUUACCAACAAAACGAGAAUUCGUAAGAAGAUGACAGAUUCAGGAUGUACAAAGUAUUUAUUAGACAGACACCUUGACGACCCAUAGAUAGAUACUUUGAACAGCUUAGUGAUCCUUUAUACUGGUUCUCUUUAGCAUAACAAAAUCAAGUCUAACUGAACAAAUAACCCAGACUAAAACUAGAGGAACCUUGUCUGUUUUUGUGACAAACAUUGUACACGUCUACUCUAGCUGUGUUUCAUUUCAUCUACAGAUUUGCUUAUAAUUAUAUUCCUUUGAAUUUGUUAGCAACUAGCCUACAUUAUCAUUUUUAUAAUUACAAAAUUUAAAAGUAAAUUAAAUAAAGUAUGUGUUUUGUGUUAUGCA